AUGAAAAUCUUGCUAAUAAUUUGCAUUGCUAGCUGCUGUAUCUUCUCUAGCAGUGCUAACGUUAAUUAUCAGUACUAUUCUGAGCAAUGCCAAUUAUCCAUUCCAAGUCAUCUAUACAAGAAUUUUCAAGCUAUAACAACGCAUUCUUCAACGAAAGUGAUGUACCUUGAUGUAGUUAAUGCAUCUAACCAACCUCUAUACCCUCCAGACGAAAAUGUUAAAUUAGCAUGGAUCAAGCUUGAUUUUGGCCAAAGCUUAAUGAUUCUACCUGUCGAUUUUACAGUUAUGUCAGCUUUUCUGCCUUAUUUUUUCUUUAAUAGAAUGACAUUGGUUAUGGCUGAAAAACCGAACAAUUGUUUCUCCGAUUUACCUGAUGAAGUUCGUGAUACACUUGUCUUUACGGCAUUGAGGAAAUUUGCUCAUAUUAAUUUAAAUUGUAUCGGUAGCAACUGCGAAACUAUAUGCAAACGAAUUAUUGAUCCUUCGACACCACUUGACGAUAUUACAUUCUCAUGUUGCCGGAUGGUUAACUUUACCGAAGUCUGUCGAAUCCCUUACAAGACUUCAUCAUCAAUCAUAGCCUUCCGUUACGUCUCUAUCGUCUUAAGUAUAAUGUUGUCAGCUGCUUUGAUCAAAUGGUUACUUCGAGAUGUACCAGAAAUUGAAGCGACUCAUCAAAUUGAAACACCAAAAGGGUACGAUUAUAUUGAUGUGCGACUUGUAUCCAAUUAUAAAUCUGAAGAUUCUGGUGAAGGCUUUAAACGGUUGUUACAUGGAUCAGUAAUUUCUUCAACUUUAUGGCUACGAUGUCUGGAUCUGUUUGUUCUAGUUAUAGUCGGUUGUGGAAUAUCAGUUUGGGUACAGACUUUCCCAUACUUUUUAGUGCCCUACCCUACCAUAUAUGAUACACCUUUCCCCUGGCCUAUUGUUCUAUCAUUUCUUACUUUCGCUGGUGUUUAUGCUUUAUUGACAAUUAUUAUUAUUUUGCCGAUAUUCCACUGCGGUAAAAAAGAAUUUGAAAAUUCUCUUCGGUACAAGAAUCAAAGUGUCAUUAAAUAUUCAGAAAAAGAGUAUGCUUUUCGAUUAUUAUGGUAUAUGGAUAAAUUAUUUAGUUACAUAGCCCAUUUGGUAACUGGAAAUAUUUUUGAUCUUCAUCUAUGGUGGAAAAUAGUUUCCACGCUUAUUAUAGCCAUUCUAUGUAGCCCCUUUGCUCUUAUUGACAAACUAUCGCUACAAUAUUAUGCCUUUCGAAAAGCUGAUAUUUUUACUUGUAUACUAUGUGAUCGAUUUCAUUGUAGCGGAUAUAAACUAAGUCAUCCUAAGGCGCUAUUAAAGGCAAUUAUAUAUAUUAUAUCCGUUGGAUAUUGUGUCAUUUCUGUGAUUGGAAUAUGGGCUUCCAUACAAGUUUUCGUUCGAAUUUUAAUUACAUCAACUGCAUUUAUAAUGUCGCAUAGUAAUUUUUUCUCAUCUUACUUAGCCAUCGGUUUCCCCUUUAUUUAUUUUAUCAAGCAAGUAUUUGAGUCCUAUUCCGCAGAAAAAAUGACUCUAUCUCAAAUUAUAUUUGAAGUGCGAGAAGAUGUAGAAAAUGAAAUCGACGAGUUUUUAUCCAGUGACGAAGGAAAAUUUGAUAUCCGCUUUAUUGUUAGCGAUAAAGGAGUUCAAGUCGAUCUACCAGUAAGGCUAGAAAAUUUACGAGAUUUCAUUACUCAAAAAAUGGAAUUGUUAACCUACGAAUAUGAUACCGAUUUACGCUUUGAAGAACAAACUAUCAUUGUUAUAUAUAAGCUAUCUAAAGCCGAUGAUGAAGGUCAUAAAAAUUACGAUAUUGUAUUCUCUCGAUUUAAUAGUUAUUUACAUGAUUUACGUUUAAAAAUUAAUGAAGAAUUAAGCCAACAGAAUAAGGCAGAAUUACAAGAACAACUGAUUCAAGUUUAUUACGAUAUUAAAGAUGAGUUUACUAAUGAAGGUGAUGUCGGUGUACCCAUGGAAAUUUAUAAUUAUAUUGCCUAUCAGGCACCCAAGAUAUCGACUAGUUCGUGGCAAAUGUUUGGCCGAAUUCUGACCAUUGCUUUAAUUGGUGUAUGCUUUGUUUUGGCUGUGGCUUCUUUCUAUAAUAUCGAUCGAAUUAAUGCAUUAAGUGAUGCUUUAUCGGGCACUAUAUUAUCUUAUAUAACGAUGGUUGCUAGUAUGAGUUAUGUCGCUAGUGGUGGUAUUGAAGAGCAUAAGAGACGCAUGUUAGUUAAAAAGCAUAUCCUUGAUUACAUUUGUGGUUAUCGAUUUUUCUACACUCGAGGCAAUACUUUUAAUCCUUGUACACAGUUAUAUCAAUCAUCGCAUUGGUAUAAAUUAUUGAAGAAAUCCAAAGAGUCCUCAUCCGAUGUCGCAUAG